UCAUAGGUCAUCAUCACACACACUUGACGCUAACAACAGUACCCUACCUGCAACACAUAUAUUGACAUCAUUCUAACUGAGCGUUUCAACUAAGACACGGGCAAUGAUCAAACCUUACAGGUUCACUUCUCUCUUGAACGCAGCGUCCCAGAUGGAAGGGGGUGCACACACUGUCGUUGCCAAUUACACCUCCCCCCUCGCUUCCCGAAACGUAGUGUAGUUUGGCGGUCUUCUCUAAUAACUAUAUAUAUAUAUAACCGGCUUUUCCAAAGUUUAAAUUAGGUGAUUGAAACAAUACCGUCACAGUAAAUAUGAAUCCCAUCAGCGUAGUCGAGCACAAGGGCAUGCGGUUCGUCAUCAUGGACGCUCCUAGUAAUUCUAAUCUGCCGUCAUAUCUGCAGGAGUUGAAAAGGAACGGCGUUCAACACGUCGUCAGGGUGUGCGAUCCCACAUACGAAAUAGAACUCCUUGAACGGGAGGGUAUCCAGGUCCAUGACUGGUCCUUCCCCGAUGGAGAAUCCCCACCGAGUUGGGUCAUCACCAACUGGCUUGCAAUAGUACAACCAGGGUGUAGGCUUGCCAUACACUGUGUGGCCGGGCUAGGAAGAGCGCCGGUGUUGGUGGCCGUGGCUUUGAUGGAGAAUGGCGUGGAAGCCGAAGAUGCGGUUGCUAUGAUACGCAAAGGCAGGCGAGGGGCGAUCAACAGCAAACAGCUCAGGUUUUUGCAGAAGUAUAAACCUCGGGGCAGUGCACAAGGGUGCUGCAUCAUCUUAUGAAUAAAGGAGAGGUGCACGUGUACGGGUAAUGGUAGGUAGGUAGGUAGGAUGAGAAUGCAUGGCCUGGAAUGCCAGUGCUGUGUACAGUGCUGUUAAUAAAGAAAUGUGCAGGAGAGCCUACCGAAUACUUGGCCUAUACGUAGGUACAUUUUAACUGGAG